AAGUAAAUUCAUUGAUAAACAAUAGAUACCCCAUAAUUUAAAAGGAAACAAAAACACAUAUGUAUAUGAUAAAAAAAUGACAAAAAAACACCUGCCUUUUGGAUGGGUAGUAACCACAGUGACCCAUAUGCCUCAAAUAUGACCAUAACAAAAAAAAUCAUCUAUAAUGAAAAAUAUUAAAAAAUAAAUCAGUUAUAAAAUUAUGACUACGUGUGAUUGUCACCAAUCGAACACAGCAAGUUAGAAGAAAUUCAAAGAACAAAUAAUCCAGAGAUUUUAUUAUUAUAGUUCAAAGGCAUUUUUAUUGAGUUUAAAAAUUAAUUGCCAAAGUUGUGAUAAAAUGAAGCACCAGCAGGUGGUAGUAGACUACUGGACGAUGUUGAAAACAUCCUGCACCUGUUUGUUGUUGGCCAUUUCUGGCUAUGUGCUCAUAAAAAUGGUGCAGACUAUAUUUUAUCUACCGGGCUAUUUGAAAAAUAAUCAAAAACGUUUGGAAGAGUUGGCAGCCAAAUAUAAUUUAGAUUUAGAAAAAGAAAUAGCUGAAGCAGAAAUUGACAAAGAAGAGGAACAGGAAAAUAAAGAAGAAGAAAAUCAAGAGACAAAAGAAAAUUUACUUAAAAAUGCAGAUAAUGUUCAGGAAGAUGAUUUAGUUAAGGAACCUAAAAAACUUAAAUAGUUUAUACCCAACGAAUGGUAUUAAUUUUUUCUUUUUUUAACUUGUUUUAUGACAAAUUUUAUUAUAUUAAUUACUACAUACAAUAAUAAAACUAAUAAAUCUUUAAAUAUUACUUACUUGUAGGUUGU